GGUUCUAACCUUUUAGAACAGGGUUUCGAACCAUUGGAAACCUCGAACUUUUUUUCGUCUUCUCUAUAUAUAUAAACAUAACCUUGAACAAAGUAACAAAAUAGAAAUUGUUUUCCUCAACUUAAACAUUUACUUGUCAAAGGUCAGAGGAUCAUCUUGACCCAAGGUCAACAUUACAAUUAGUUAAUCGUUCAACAGAUUAUCCAACCAAUAAGAGUGAAAAAUUUAUCACAUAUAAAGACUUGGACUUGUUAUUACAUUUACUUUUAAAUUGAUCUCAAUUGUGGUGAUUUAAUUUACUUUUGUUUCUAAUUAAAUGAUUUCUCAAUUAACCAAUCAAUCAUCAUCAUCAUCUUCAUUACCAAUUACUACUAAAUUAUUAUCAUUAAUGUUUAAAAUGUCAACAAUUAACUCAUUACCUUUUUCAAUUGACAAUAUCCUUCAGAAAAAGUCAACUAAAUCAUCGUCAUUUCCCUUGAUUAUCAGUGAUCACAAUUUACUUAAUUGUUCAACGGCAACUCUAUCAUCAUCCUCACCAUCAUCAACUAAAUCAUUUCAUUUAUCACCAACAACUAAAUUAAAAGAUUUCGGUAGACCCGAUACAAGAGAUGACGAUCAUUAUAUGGACCAUAUAAAAGGUGAACCUAAAGACGAAGAAUAUGAUGACGAUGAUGAAGAUGAUCUUAUUGAAGAUGAUAAAAAAGAUUCUCUCGAAGGUGAAGAAGAUAAUAAUAGAGAUCGAAGUAAAAGAGCUCGACGAAGACGAACACAAUUUACUCAGGAUCAACUGAUUUAUCUUGAGAGACUUUUCAACCUUCAAAAGUAUCUGAGUGUCGCUGAAAGGAACAGGGUUGCCAAAGAAUUGAAACUCUCCGAGACCCAAGUGAAAACUUGGUUCCAAAAUCGACGAACCAAAUGGAAAAGACAAACCAAUUCUCGAUUAGAUGAAUACAGACACAAAACUCAAUCAGAUGGUAAACUUAUUAUCGACAAGGAAAGAUUAUCGGUUGAAACGGGAGAGAAUAUUUUCACUGAUUGUAAUCCAGUUAGUGGUCUUUUUAAUGCAAAUUAUUCGCUUCUUAACGUUAAUCACCAUCCAAGUAUCACUUCAUUGGCAAACAGUCACAUUAGAUUAAGUCCAAGUUUCCCAUCAAUGACCACAAAUGGAUCAUCUCAUCAUCAUCAUCAUCAUAAUUUGUUUAGAGGUGUUUACAUUGCAAGAGACCAUUCUUGAUUAUUUUCUCAAUCCAAUCAGAUGAAAUCCACUUUUAUCCAAAUGCCAAUUAGUUACAAUCCAUUUAAAUCACAAUUGAUUAGUUGUAAACUUUUUUUUCUCGCUCAUUCCUUUAACCUUAUUUUUAUUUCUUGGCUCAUUGAAAAUCCAAAUCCAAUUUCAUAUCAAAACAAACACUCAACUAUUAUCAUUCUGAUGCGAAAACUUUAUAUUGAUUGAUUCCAAUUCUGUUACACUUAUAACCGAGACGAGAAUAGAGAUACACAAAUUUCAUCGUGUAUUUUGUGGUGUGAGUAUGUUAACAAAUGCACUUCUCAUGUCCAUGGUUACGAUAUGAGGCCAAGAGUUUCAUUUGAAUUGAUCUUUGUGAACCAUGUGAAGAAAAAAGUGCCAAUUUGGAUCAAAUGAUUGAUAUUUCAAAAUAAUCAGAAUCUGCUAUCGGCCUGGAAUCGUCGCUGGA